AUGCUUAACCAAGCUACCAAGGAUAGCUCAACUGCUGCGUCAGCUCGUAUUGGAGUCAGAGAACAUUUUAACCAAUCAAAUGUGUCAUCUGCUGGAGUAACUGGAGCAAGUGGAACUACUGAAGUUCAUCAUGGUUCUUCCGGAGAAGGUGAUAAUACUACAACAAAUCACACUAAUGAGAGUGGCAUUCCACAAACCCUUGAAGCUUCCAACCCAAAUCAGAAUUUGAAUGCAGCUGAAGGCUCAACUGGUAACCUUCAGGAUACAUCAGUCACAGUUGCUGUUUAUGUUAUUUUCGUGAUGUUGGACUUUGUUGCUUUUGCUCCAGUGAAUAAUUAG